ACGGAUCUUUAAGCAACACCGAGUCUCCUUGGACCUCGCCUCGGCCAAUUCGCUGGCAGAUCCCCAAACCGAUCAAUUUUUCUCACCAAAAGGGUUUGGGCGUGUCAGGAUUGGAUCGAUGGCCACGGCGACGGCGGCGGCAGGGGAGGUGCUGCAGCACAUGGGACCGGUCCCUCGAGUGGAAGAGACCAAUAAUACGGCGGCGGCGGCGGAGGAACUCGGGGGAGACGACGAAGAGAUCCUGCGAUUCAUGGACUCGGCGGACGGCUACCUCCUCCUGAUGGAUUCGCUCUCCUCCGCUCUUCGCCAGGGUUGGCUUGAUCUGGCAAGUGCUCGCCACUCGAUGGGCGCAUCACGUGUUUCAAGUAUGCUGUUUGAUCAUAAAGAGCAAUCUGCAGCCACUAAGCUGCAAGUAGUUUAUCCUGCAGACUUGCAACCAUCAGAAUCAAACCCACAUUUUUCUCUAUCAAAGUGGUGCUUGCAAGAAGAAUCAAACUCCAGUGAUAUUGUCUGUGCGCAGGAUAGCGCUACAGCAAAACUAAGGUACAGAGGAUCAGCUGCUACCCCAGAUAGUAGUAAUGAAUCAGAUGCAACUACUGCAAAGUCUUCUACUGGUGUUGACGUUAACAGUCAGGUUCAAAAGGCGAGAUCAAAAGCAUUAUCAGUCUUUGGAGCAUUGGUGUCUCCAAAACUGCGAACGGCCCAAGUUUCCUUUGAAACAGCACUUGAACUAAUUGUGGAGUUAGCUAAUGCAAGAUCAGUCAUCCUCUCUAGUUUCUCCCAGAUAAAGCAUGAAGCAUGAUUUCCUACCUGAGUUUGAGGUUCUGUAUCCUUGCGCGCCAUCUAUCCUAUUUGGGGUACCAGCAAUUAUACAAUCAGCAAUGGCUGUGGACACUAUAUGAACUGUUGAUGUACGUGUGGGAAUGUAUAUUUUUGUCCAUUUGUUUGUUGUACUUUGACUUUCCUUAUCAACCAUGGGAACAAAGACAGUAGUUUUUUUUGUAAGUUGAUAUUCAUUUACCAAGUUAAACUCUCUGAUUAUCACAACUGCAAAUUUAGGUUUGUAUGGUUGAAAUAGAAACAUAAAUACAUCCGAGUUGCCUAGCCUGUAACCAGGGGCCUGAUGACAUAAGACAUAUGUUGUUC